UAGACCAUAUGAGUAAGUAUUUGUAUUUUUAAUAUAGUAUUUAUUCUUUAAAUAUAUAUUAUUAUUUACAAUAAUUUAUUAUUUUUAUUUAGGGGAAGGUAUUAUAAGGAAGCAGUGACCAAAAUUGAUCCACCUUUUAAUUUUGGUGUUGAACAAAUUAGCACGAAAGAUUGGUUUUACCCAAUUACGUUUCGGGAUAUGGAAUUGUCCAAUUCGCACUUGGAUGUGUUAUUUUACUACUUGAGGAAAAAAGGCAAGUAUGACAAAAGUUUGGCUUUGAAAUUUACGACAACGGACAGUUUAUUCGACCAAAGCUUUCAAUCAUUUGCAAGUAUUUUCAUGGAAGGUGAAUUUGAUACAGAUUUGUUGCUUGGGGAUGAUAUGAUUGGUGAGUACAUAAAAGGCAAUCAUAUGUAUGCUAAUACAGCUUGGAAGGACUGUGAAUCCAUGUUCAUUCCGGUUCAUGUGAAAGAAAAUAGUCAUUGGAUCCUUCUUGCGCUGAAUUUGAGGUUUAGGAGGCUGACUGUUAUGAAUUCUCUGCGUACACCGUCAAGUGUAAAUGCAGCCAGGGUGAUUGCUAUUUAUUAUGCGACUGUGCUUCCUUAUUUUCUUGACAUGCUUGAUGUUUUCAAACUCAAUUCUGUUUGUGAUAUGAGCUCACCAUUUUACAUAAGCCAAGGGUCUACUGAUGCACUUGAUGUGCUUUUUGACGACUGUCUGCCGCUUCAAGUGUACAAAGAUUGUGGUUUUUUUGUAUAUUCUUUUGCUGAAUACGUUGCUUAUGGAAAAGAGGACGAUAUGGUGAAUGAAUAUUGUAUCAAUGAUCAUCGAAGGCGUCUUGCAUUCGGUCUGUACAACUAUGGCAAUUGGAAAAACAACUUUAAUAUUGAAAGUUCUUCAAAUAGAUGUGAGGUGAACAGAAAAGGAAAAGCAAAGGCGAAGCAUGUUUCUAAACAUGUCAAGGCGAAACCAAAAGGCGAAAUGAAGAAUUAG